ACGUGGAGGAUGAAGAGGAGACACUGAGCGGCGGAGGCGGCGGCGGAGGAGCAGGACAAAAGCAAACGAAACCAAGUCAGGAGCGAGUCCCGCAGUUGAACUUUUUACGCUGCGUAAAAAGACGCAGGAAGAUCCUUCCACUCGCCGGAGCUCAGAGGCGUCGCUGCGCAGCUCCACGUGUGUCUGAUGUGACGCCAGCGGGCUGGCUCAGGGAACUGGACUUCAGUACAAUGUAGACACCGAAACGCAGACGGAGUCAGAGUCUGAGCAGCGAGCCUACAGAAGGAGGGAGAGUCCAGGGAGGAGGAACAGCAGCUGAGCCGAAGUGACAGCAGCAGAAGAUAAGAAGUCAGGGAAGCAGAGAGGACAAAGCGGGAAGCAGCCGACUGUGAAUCAUUGACGUGAAGUUUUCGUGAGGAGCCCGGUCACCUUCUCCUUCCUGUGAAGCGUACACUCGCUCUAACGUCUCAGCCGGAGCAGGAACACACCCUUCGCUCCCGGUCCCUUGAGGGUGUCCGACCCACAGCUUCCCACCUUUUCCCCUCUCAGUGAAUCUGAACAGAGGGACCCUCCAGCCGCCGUCAGCAUGUGCCAUGUCAUCGUCACCUGCCGCUCCAUGCUGUGGACUCUGCUGAGUAUUGUGGCUGCGUUCGGAGAGCUCAUCGCCUUCAUGAGCACUGACUGGCUGGUGGGAUCUCCCCGCACCCCGGAUGCAGUGUUCGGCCCCCAUGGGGCCACCGCAGCCGGGGAGGCCUACAGGCCCACGCUAGGCAUCUACGGCCGCUGUAUCAAACUGCCCCACCUGCAGCGUGGGAGCCUGUGUGGGCCGUACGCGGUGCACUUUGGGGAGAUUGCCAGCGGGUUCUGGCAGGCGACUUCUAUCUUCCUGGCCGGAGGGAUCCUGCUGCUGUGUGCCGUGGCGUUCAUCUCGGUCUUCACCAUGUGCUUCCAAAGCAUCAUGAAGAAGAGCAUCUUCAAUGUGUGCGGACUGCUGCAGGGGAUCGCAGGCCUGUUUCUGAUCCUGGGUCUGAUGCUGUAUCCCGCUGGCUGGGGUUCAGACAAGGUGCAGCUGUACUGCGGCCCAGACGCGGCUCCGUACCGGGCCGGGCUCUGCUCCAUGGGCUGGGCCUUCUACACGGCCAUGGGCGGCACGGUGCUCACCUUCCUCUGCGCCAUCUUCUCUGCGCAGGCCGAGAUCGCCACCUCCAGCGACAAGGUGCAGGAGGAGAUCGAGGAGGGCAAGAGCCUGAUCUGCCUCCUCUGAGGCCUCCGAUACUAAAGUCCUGUGGAAGAGAAGAAGAAGAAGAAGAAGAAGAAGAAGAGGAGGAGGAGAGACCAUCCACACUUGCUCUCCUGCCUUUUCUCAUGAGGCCGGCUCCUGAAAUGGAGACCCCUGAAUUGUUUACCACUAAAAUUGACUCAUUUUGUCCAUGUGUGUGUUGUUGUGGGAGAAAUCUACAAGUGCCAAGUUCUUUUUUCUCAGUGUGUGUCUUUGUCCUUCUGCCACUAGGGGUGCUGUGUGUGUUAUUGUAUUCAUGUGUAACCAUGUGGACGCCCAGACAGGCUUUGUCCGUCACCACAUGCUCUGUAAAUACGUGUGAUUAUAUAUAUUUUGUACAUAGUUACGAUCGCAGAAUGAUCCGAGCUGGGCUGAUGAUGUCACUCUUGCCUUAAGGAAAAGAACCACACACUGGUGUUGCCUGUGGACCACGACCAGUCGACCUGGACCUUUUAACUGUUUGAGUAUGAACUCGAGGGAACCACUACACAGUCAGAAUAAACUACUCGCAGAACACAAGGCCUUUAGCUCAGAGUGGACUUCCUGAAAGCUCACAGAAUGUACUGUUAUAGGAACGAUUGAUGUUGUUUGCAGACCCUUGAAAUGUAUCCGUGAAACUGCACGAGGACGAGCAGAGGAAAGCUCUGUGGUGCGUUUUCGUUUGCCGUGUCGAAAACUAAACGGACGUAAUCCUAGCCUAAGCCCCCCCCCCCCCUCCUUCAGCGGACAUCCUGCGACCUGUGCACAAAGACAUGGACUGAGAUAGGAGGACACGUCAAAUGAAGUAGUGCUGUUUCUAUUUCUAGUGAUGUCUGGUUUCAGGGAGUCGUUCGAGUCGUGGAUUGUGUCCAAACUGUUCUCAUUUGUUUUCUGCCAAAUGAAUAAAGAUACCGGG